ACAGUAGUGAUGGAAAUUUCGGCUUUUUUUGAGAGUCGGUUCUUUUCGCUCGGCUCAUUAAAAAGAACCGGCUCCCCUAAUUUUUGAGUUAUUACCAAAUGCUGUGUAUUGUGAAAAAUUACUCAUGUAAAAAAAUACAUUAUAUCAAAUGUUUAUUGUUCAAAUGGAUGUAUUUAAACCUCAAUGAACAGUUACAAAAAUAUAUUAGAAGGUUAUAUUACAAAAUGCAAAAAACACAGGUCAAAAUAGCUAAAAUCUUGUCAUGCUAAUUUGUCACGAACGACUCUGCUCUAAGAGUACCACAGCGUGAUUAACCCCGCCCCUCCCCCUGCUCAGUGUCGACACAGAGACGCCGCCACAUCUUGACCAAUGGCAUUCCUUUUAACAGAAAAAAAGACGAGGGGGAAAAAUCGGCUCCCAAUUGGCUCCCGACCGUCCGAACCGGCUGCUGCCCUUUAUUUCAAAGAGCCGUCUCGUCCAGCCGAUUCGUUCGCGACCGACACAUCACUACAAUACAGGUUGCAUUUACCAGCCCUCAAGAAGACGACUACUCUUGUCUACCGAAACACUGAACUCUUCCCACAGUUAUAGAGUUCAGAUAACUGAGCGCAGGGAUGGCGACGACCUGUACAGGUAUCAUUGGCUGGCGUUAAAGAUGCUUUUGUCCCGACGUCAUACCUGGAGGUAACCCUGUUUUUGCGUGCUGCUGGCCCCUGUGUACCCCGGGGCGGUGAUGGUCAACUGGACCCCCCAGUGGGGGACAUGUGUCUGGCUUCAGACUCUUCUGGCCUUUGCCUCAUCCGGCUGUCCCUCACUGGCCCCAAACCCAGUCAACUUCUCAGUGGUUUACACCAUGCCCCUCUUCCAAGCACGGGGCCCCAUCCAGAACAUCGUCAACAACUCACUUUACCAGGAGGUUUACGUAGCUUCUCAGAAUGUGAUCGAAGCCGUCAACAGAAGCUUGGAGAAGACGUGGGGGCUUCGCACCGGCCCAGUGGGAAGUCCAGAGUGUCAGGUUUGCGAUCAGUGUCAAAUCGACAAAGACCCCAAUUUCCCAGAGGACACCAACAACCAGGUGUUGCUGCUGGACACACUCUUCAUGUAUUUGUAUUCCUGUGGAAGCUCCCAAUAUGGUGUGUGCUAUUUUCACCAACUCAACGCUAACGGAGAGCCACCUACUAUUUCCAAGUGUUUGUUCCGAGCUAAUUCCAACUCUGCUGCCUACUGUCCUGACUGUGUGGCCAGCCCUCUUGGUACCAAAGUCACCAUGGUGGAAGAGGGUCAGACGGUCUACUUCUUUGUUGCCACCACUGUCAAUGAAAGUGUAACUCAGCGCUAUGGUAGGAAGUCGAUAUCAGUCCGGCGACCGCUGGCAACAGAGGAUGGCUUCUACAGUGAUGUUCGGGGCCUCACCGUCCUCCCUGGGCUGAGGAGGACUUACCAUAUUGAAUAUGUCUACAGCUUUUUCACUCAGGAGUUCGUCUACUUCCUCUCGGUUCAAAGAGAGAGCCCGGAUCAGGAUUCAUCGCCCUUUCAAACCCGCCUCGGCCGUCUGCCGCGCAAUGAAUGGGAGAUGAAACGCUAUCGUGAGGUCAUCCUGGAGUGUCGUUUUGAACCUAAACGGCGGAGGAGGAAUGCGGUCAGCGAGCCCUACAAGGAUGUGGUCUACAAUGUGGUUCAGGCGGCCCAUUUUGGCAAAGCGGGCCGGGAGCUAGCGGAAGAGUUGGGAGCAGAGGAGGAGGAUGACAUCCUCUAUGGGGUUUUUGCCGUCACCGAUGACAAUGGAGUUACCGAGCAUGAUUCGGCUCUCUGCGCCUUCCCUAUGGACAACGUGAAUAAAGCAAUCGCUGUUGGGGUGGACGACUGCUGUAAAUCUGGACCGGAGCAACUCUCUAGGGGGCUCUGCCACUUCCAGCCCUGUGAGAGCUGUCCUCAUGAGAGCAUGGAGAACAACGCCACGUGCAGAGACCACCCAACAAUGGUUUCCAAGCCCUACUACAGAGUGGACCUGUUCAACCGACAGAUGACAAACGUCCUGCUCACCUCCCUGUUGGUCACCACAAUUGACAACAAGACUGUCGCCCAUAUUGGCACCUCCACCGGUCGAUUACUGCAGCUCGUGCUGACAAGAUCGAGUCCCAUUAUCUUUGCUAACUACUCUUUGGUGGAGAACCAGAGGGUCUCAUCCAUUGCUGCUGUUUACUCGUCAGAGUAUCUCCUGUUUGUGGUUGGAGACAAGAUGAUUCAGGUUCCCCAGAGAGGACCAGGCUGUCAACACUUCCUGACCUGUGCCGCCUGUCUGACAGCCCCUAAAUUCAUGGGCUGUGGCUGGUGCUCGGGUGUCUGUUCAUGGGAGAGCGAGUGCUCUCACCGCUGGAGGAAUGAGUCCUGCCCGCCGGGGAUCACCGGGUUUUUUCCACGGACUGCUCCCCCUGAUGGUCAAACAGAGCUGACAGUGUGUGGAUGGGAGUUCCAGUCCCCCCUAAGACCCGCUAUUACGUCCAGAACCCACCAAGUACGACUGGGACAGACCGUAUGCGCUGUGCUUCCAGUCAAGAGUAACAACACACACCUGGUGUGUAAGAUUCGCUCCAGCGCCGCUGACCUGUCAAAACCAGUCAACAUUACAGUGGAAGUGCAUGAGGGCAAGUUGGAGGGACGCUACUCUAUUGACGGGAAGGCAGAAAUUCCAGGCUUCACAUUUCUGAUUCCCAACAUCACUGAAAUCCAACCCAACUAUGGGCCUCGCGUUGGCGGCACGUUGAUCACAGUCACUGGAGCUCACCUGGAUGCCGGCACGACGAGGAGAGUCACACUCGACGAUGUGCCGUGUCCAAUUAUGAGCGUCACGCAGCCGAAAGGCAUCAUGUCCUCCAUCAUCUGUCGUUCUCAGCCCAUCUCAGAGGUGAGGGACGUCCCUCUGGGUGUUUUCAUUGACAAGUCUCCUGUUGUCACAACAAAGGUUUUUUACUACAAAGAAAACCCAAAGAUUACAGCCGUGCUGCCCGACUGCAGCUUUGACAGGGGGUCAAAAAUAGUGAUUGAAGGAGAGAACCUUGAUUCUGUUUAUCUCACCAUCAUCCGCUUUAAACCCAACGAGAGCCACCUGAAGCCCGCGACAAGGGAGUGCAUCAGCAAAGCCUCGUCCACGAGGAUGGAAUGCAUCACUCCUGUGUUUCUAAGGGAUGAGUCAGAAGAAGGAGAGCUUUCUUUCGACAUGGAUGGCGCAAAGGCACUUUGGAACCGGGAGUUUUCCUACCACCCCUACGGCCGGCCGAUACCAUUUGAAACAGAGGGACAUGAGCUGCAUUUGUACCCCGGGUUUGAUGAAGUUUCACUACAUCAUCAGAAACUGAACCUCGUGAGCUCCUGCAUGACCAUCACUAUGACGGUGGCAGGCGUUGAUUGUGAUGCUAAAGUCCUGGACAAUGAAAUCACCUGCAGGAUACCCAAAAACAUAACAAUCCCCAGCGAGGGACUGCCUGUAAAGAUCUCCAUUAACGGACAAGUCCACAACGUUGGCACAGUCAUCAGGGUCAGCAACCACUACAUGGUCGGGAUAGUGCUGGGGAUCCUAGCGGCUCUGGUUGCCGGGGCGGUGCUGGCCUUUGCUGUCAUGAAGCACUUGAGGAAGAAAAAGAAAGCCUCCAUGGUGGAGACCCGUUUGGCUCACAGCGCUAGCCGUUCUGCGUCGAAUAACGUGGAGAUGUCACCCGUCGGAGACUACAGGAGAGUGUCCCUCAAUCCUGCGACUCCCAUGGUCGGGUCUGUGGCCUUCCCCAGCUUGGCCUAUGCUGCAGGCAGUAUAGACGUCACCCUCACCCCUCUAAUGGCUGCAGAGAAAAUCUCCAUUUCCAGUUUUAGGCCAGAGCUGCUGGAGGAAGUGAAGGAUGUUCUCAUUCCUGCCGAAAUGCUGAUUGUGCAGCACCAUCGGAUCAUCGGCAAAGGUCAUUUUGGAACAGUCUAUCACGGCUACUUCACAGACCACAACAGCAGAGAAAUACACUGUGCCGUCAAGUCUUUAAAUAGAAUAACAGAUGUCGAGGAGGUGGAGCAGUUUCUCAAAGAAGGGAUCAUCAUGAAGGGUUUCCAUCACACCAAUGUGCUGUCUCUGCUGGGCAUCCUUCUGCCACAAGAAGGUCUCCCGUUGGUGGUUCUGCCCUACAUGAAGCACGGGGACCUGCGUCAUUUCAUACGCUGCGAAAAGAGGAACCCCACUGUGAAGGAUCUGAUUGGCUUCGGACUGCAGGUCGCCAAGGGGAUGGAGUAUUUGGCUCAGAAGAAAUUUGUUCACAGAGACCUUGCGGCACGCAACUGCAUGCUGGAUGAGUCGUACACAGUCAAGGUGGCAGACUUUGGCAUGGCCAGAGAUGUUUUCGAUAAGGAGUACUACAGUAUUCAGGACCACAGAAAGGCUAAACUGCCAGUCAAAUGGAUGGCCAUCGAGAGUCUACGGACACAGAAGUUUACUUCGAAGUCCGAUGUGUGGUCCUUUGGUGUGCUCAUGUGGGAGAUGCUGACCAGAGGAGCGAGCCCUUACCCAGAGGUGGACCCGUAUGACAUAACACACUACUUACUGAAGGGCAGAAGGCUUCCCCAGCCUCAGUACUGCCCUGACCCUUUGUAUAGCAUUAUGCUGGAGUGCUGGGACCCUGAUCCAGAGUUGCGGCCGAAUUUUGCUACGCUGGCGUCGGCCGUCACCACUAUCCUAUCGAGCCUCGAGGGGGAACACUACAUCAGUCUGGAUGUCACUUAUGUAAACCUGGACCAGCCACGCCCCUACCCAGCUCUCACUGAAUCCGCUGAUGAAUAUGACUCAACUGAUGCUGAAGACUCUGGCUCCGUCUCCUCCUGACCCGUUACUUCAAAUGGAGCUAACUGGCAUCAGCACCAAGCACAACAGCACAGCAAACUCUGCCGGGUCAUGCACGUCAAUGUGCGCGUGCACGGCGCUGUGAAAUGCUUUCAUAGCACCUAGGGUGAAAAAGUGUCAUUGAAUAGCUGCUGCAGCUGUGGACCUCCAAACUCAACUUUUAAACAGUAGCAAGUCAUGUCUUCAAAGUGUUCUUAUUUUUAGCAUUUUUAGUCAUAUCUGACAAACUACGAUGGAGUGUUAGCGCCCCAUUAAAAAAAAAACUAAAAACUGAGCUUUCGAGAAUAAAGUCGUAAACUUACGAAAAUAGUCGUAAACUUACGAGGAAAAAAUAAAAACAAAUGUAUGAGAAAAAAAGUCAUAAUAUUAUGAAAAUAAAGUCUGGAAUUCAUGAGAAAAAAGCAGUACAUUUACGAGAAUAAAGUUGUAAAUUUAUGAUAAUAAAUGUUUGAAUUUACAAGGAAAAAAGUUGUAACAUUACGAGAAUAAAGUCAUAAAAUUUGCAAGGAAGAAAGUUGUCAAAUUUACGAGAAAAAGUCGUGACUUUAUGAGAAUAAAGUCCUAAAAUUUCUGAGAAGAAAAGUUGUAAAAUUUACAAGAAAAAAAGUCGGAAUAUUAUAUUAUAGGAGACAAAGUCAUACAUUUACAAGAAUAAAGUUGUAAAGUUAAGAGAAUAAAGUCGUACAUUUAUGAUAAUAAAAGUUGUAUGUUUCCGAAAAUAAAGUUGUAAAUUUAUGAAAAAAAGUCAUACAUUUAAGAGAAUAGAGUUGUAAAAUUUACGAGAAAAAAAGUUAUAUGACAACAUUAUUCUCGUAAAUGUAAGAAUUUAUUUUCAUAAAUUUACGGCUUUAUUCUCGAAAUCUCAGAUUAUUUAAUUUUUUUUUCCAAUGCGACCCUAAUACUCCAUCGUAACCAAAUAUUGUUUGGACAAUAUUUGUGUGGACAACAUCUUAUAUUUAGAUGUUACAGUAAAUGUGACGCUGCUUCAAAUUGACAGCAGCUAAAUUGCAGUGAGGCUUUUUACACAGCAGAUUACGAUAUGUUGUUCUGAGCAGCUGCAAUACACAUGGUCUAAUAACUGUUUUUGUAAAUGUACCACCUUAUCAUACGUGUACUUGCCCCAACAUGAGGUGCACCUGCAGUCAGAUUUUAUUCAAUACAAGAUCCGUAUCAAAAAUUCUGCCUUAGUUUAACAGUGACUAUUGUGGUCAGUGGCGGAGCUACGGGGUGGCCGUGGCCACCGUUGUCACUCUCCGGCCACCCCCAUGGCUGCGGGACAGUUUUGGCAAACGCGGUUCUGGGGUGCAGAACAUUAGUUCAGCCUAACCUCCGUUUCCGCUUGGACGCUUUUCACUGCAGCACACAACUUGCAGUGUUGAGGAGCUAUCAAGGGGUAUGUAAAGUGUUGCAUGAUUACUUUGGUCGGUCAGGUUUUAUCACUAUGUUGUCAAUUCUGAAGCGUGAAUCAGCACAUAAAUCUGUUAAUAUUAGAAGCUCUCUGUAGUAGCAGAGUUAAAACAGGAGUGCCGAUCGACAUCCACUUCCGUAUUAUGCCCUGCGCGGGUUUGGCCGCCAUGAUGGUGAGCAGAAUCCACAAACUAUGCAUUGAAAACAUGUCCUAGGCACAUGGCGCAGCUAUUAAUUGCUCUGAUAGACGCUCCAAAAGCAGUGGCGGAGCUACGGGGUGGCUAGUGGCGCGCAAGUGUUGGUUAUUUCUGUUUGACGUAAGCGCGGCUCGUUUUUUAUCGACCUCUUUACACUAUACCUGUCAACAUUUGCAUGAUAUAAUCAGGGACAUGUUCCGGAAAAUAAGGGAAAUUAAUUUGUUUAGACCUCCACCACCGCAAGAAACUUUUUUUUAAUGCUGCUUUACUGUGGUGCUGUUAUUAUUCUAGCGUGAUUCUGUUAUUUUGAAUGCUUGACUUUCUUGGUUACAGGAUGUACUACGCCGAUGUUGGCCGAGUGUUGCCGAGCGGGCCGGAAGUUGUUAUAAUCCGGCAGAAUCGGAGAGGAAUGUUUUUCUUCUUGAAUGUUAAAAUACGGGAAACGCUGAGAAAGAAGUGCAAAAUACGCGAGUUUCCCGAUGAGACUGGAAUGUUCGGCACGUUGUAGAAAAAAAACAAACUAACACAAUACUCCGUUUAAAACUUGUUUAGUCUUUUCACAACAUUAAAAAGUAUGCAAUGUAUUAAACUACAAACGACGUGUUUUUGAAGGCGAUGUGUUCAUUACAAAGCUUGUAUAACCUCUGGCAGGUGUAUAUAAUGUUGCAAUCUAUAGUCUACCCCGUACCCCAAUUUGCAGCAGUAUUGAGGAGUGGAAAACAGUACCUCACAAAUAGCAUAGCAACGAAGUAUCACAUGGCAGGCGUCCUUAAUUGCUUUUCUACAGUACAGUGCCUUUUUAGAGCCUCUGUUUAUGUCUUGGUAUGACCGUCACACAUUUGUUUUAAUUCUUCUGCUUCCAUUAAUUGUUCUGUAUGUUUUGGAGUACACAAAACAAAAGCUAAAUCUAAUGUUGCCUGUAUGGACCCAAUGUCUUUGAGAUAGUGUAAUAAAUACAAAUAUUUAUUUCUUUAUAAUUUUGUAAUGAUGUGAUAUGAGGACGCUUUGUGCAUGUGAAUAUGACACGUUUAGUGUUUAGUCACCGCUAGAUGUCAGCAUCGCGUUAAGGUAAGUACAUACUUUGAAGGUUCCGUCUAAUGUUUGCUGCGUGUUGGAUUUGUGGUAGCGUAGCAACACAAUAGGGCCUGGUUUAUGACUCUUCAUCUCUUUAAAUCAGCCAAUAAGCUAUGCAGAUGCUGCCUACGGUAGGGGUGUCCGAAGUGCAGCUUGGGGGCCAUUUUUUAAUGGGCUCAUGGCACUCAAAACUGCAAAAAAGUGGAAAGUAGAGCAAAGUGGCACACUGUAAGACAAAAGGUUGAAAUGUUGACACUACUGUAAUUAAUAAUAACACACAUUUUUGUCUUUAC